AUCAACAUGGGCUCAAAGGCUUAUUGUUUGUAUAUCUUCUUUCUUCCACAAAUUUGCAGUGUAAAAAAGCUCCAUUUCCAUGGCGGCAGAUACUGUAACGAACCUUGAACCGAUUCAUACCUUCUUCAACAACCUCGAAGCUCGACAGACCUUACUCACCACCAUAACUGACCUCAACAAAGCCCUAACCACCCAUUUCACCAACAUAAACAAUACUCUCUGUCAAAAAUCGGAAACCCUCGAUACUCAUGUCAAAAUUUUCAAGGAUAAGACGGAAGAUGCAUUACUGAAGAUACAGAAUCGAGAGAAUGCCUUACCCGAUCGGGAAUCGAGCAUGGGUGCUCGGAUUGUGGAGAUGAAGGAUGCUGCUAUCUCUGAGAUUGAGAGUUUGGGGGAUUUAAGCGAGAAAAGCUUGGCUGAAGUGUUGAGGAGUUACUGUAAGAGAAUGGAUGCUAGCGGCCUUGUUGGAUUUAUUCAGACUAAGAGGAAGGAGCCUACGGGUUUGAGGAUGGAGAUUGCUGCUGCACUUGAAAGUUCUGUGGAUCCAAUGAGGUUGAUCUUGGAUGCAGCAGAGGAGUUUGUGGGGAGGAAGGUAGAGAAGAAAGCGAUACUGGCAGAUAGGAGGUGGGCUUGUGAUAUGUUAAUUCAGUCAGUUGUGCCAGCUGCGGAAGGGGGUUAUGGUGCAGGGAGGAGUUUGAAGGAGAGGGCAGCAAGGGUGUUGGAGAAAUGGAAGGGAGUUUUGGGCGGUGGGGACAGAAGCAGUGGAGUUUGCGCUGCUGAAGCAACAAUGUUUUUGCAGUUGGUUAUCGCAUUUGCGCUAAAAGAGAGGUUUGAGGAGGAGUUCCUUAGGAAGCUGGUGCUGGAGUUUGCUAACAGGAAAGAUAUGCCAAAGCUUGCCGUUGCCUUUGGAUUUGGUAACAAAAUAGGAGAUAUUAUUGAAGAGCUGUUGAAGAGCGGCAAAGAGGUUGAAGCAGUUUAUUUUGCUACAGAGUCUGGAUUAUCAGAGAGAUACCCUCCACUCUCACUUCUUAAGUUAUCUCUCAGGAACUGCCGAAGAAAUGCUAAUAACAUAUCAAAGAAGGGAAAAUUUAGUUCAGCUGCAGUGGACAAAGCUAACAGCAUAGAGUUGGAAGCUACUAAGGCUUUAAUAAAAUGUGUGGAAGAUCACAAGCUUGAACAAGAAUUUACUUUAGAAGGACUUAAACAACGGGUAACUGAGUUGGAGCAGGCCAAAGCAAAAAAGAAAAUGGGCACAACUCCUGAGAACAAGCCUUCAAAAAAGCGGGGUCGUGGAGGUGGCACUGGCAGGUCCAGUGGCCCGUCCACCUCUCGGCCUGUUAAAUCUGGAAGAUCGUCAAAUGCCACAGCUUUCCGCUCCAGGAAUCCUCCUCAAUCACAUCAGGCUCCACCAAUUAGGUAUACAGGGGCACAUAGCUACACCAGCCAGAGUGUAUAUGAAGCACCUAGCACGGUCUCAUAUGCUCCAGUUUAUAGCGGUACUCACACUCAAAGUCCGGCUAUACUUGCUCCACAAUAUGGAUAUGCACUUCAAGAAGCUGGAGUUAGUGGAGUGCGGAGUUAUCAUGGAUCAUAUGGAGGGGAGGCUGGUUAUAGUGCAUAUGAUUAUGCUCUCACUCCUGCGGCGCCUGCAUACCCACCUUCAUACCCCCCACAGUAGUACCAACUACUCAAAAAUAAUCCAGAUGACAUUUGUAGCUGCACCUUCUGUUUUAUACAUAGAAGGUAUAAUUUUAACAUGUGCGUCCACAGUUUUUGACUUUCUUAAGGCUAUGCUUUGCUUAAUUAUCUUUUGCAUCACACUUUUUGUUCUGCAUCUUUACUAGUAAAGCUAUAAAGAUUGUUCCUCUUGCUAUCCAUCGCUCCUUUUGUUGUGUAUUUGGACGUUGGGGUGCUACAUUAUUAACUUCAUUUUGCAGAAGUAGGUUUACGUCAGGUUCCUUGUUCAUUUGUAAGUAGGUGUUAAUGAGCAGAUUUUUGUACUCAGUUUACUUCUCUGGUUGGUAAAAUUCAUUUGUUUUUGACUGA